AUGGUAGUGGGUGAACCGACGCUGAUGGGCGGCGAGUUCGGCGACGAGGACGAGCGACUGAUCACCAGGCUGGAGAACACGCAGUACGACGGCGCGAACUCCCUGGACCACGACGGUCACGGCUUCCACGGCGGUCCGGGCGGUCCGGGACCUGGGGGCCCGGGUCCAGGUGGGGGGCCGACGGGCAACGGUGGUCCGGGAGGUGAAUCGCCUAUGCCGGGGGGCAACUCGUGGCCCCCCGCCGGCGGUCCGGGUCCGGGGGGUCCCGACAGAGGGGGUCCUGGCGGACCGCCGCCUCCGAACGCCAACAGUGCCGCGCAGGACAGUGAUAAAAAAUCGCCGGCUGUCACACAGUGA